CGUUGCUCCGUAAGCCUCAACAUCGCAGCAUCCAUCCCUCCCCUCCCUUAUUAUCCACCCUCGUCCUCCAAGCUACCAGCCUUGGUCCUCAACUUCUCCCCACGCGCUCUCUGCGCAUUAUAAUAUCUUCUCCAGUUUCCUUUGCUCUCUGUGCCCACUCUUCGAAGUCCGACCACCUCUCCUCCCCUCUUAAGAACCACCUACACGUGCAACCUUCAUUCUUCACGACUCAAUUCAUGUCUUCAGCCUGUCGUAUGCGCUGGGUGGAGCUCCGCUUGUGAGCUUCGCCUGAAGACGUGCGGGGAAGCAAUGGAGGAGCGCGAAGCUAGCAUUACCUCCUCUACCGACUUCUAUGGAUCCGACAAGCCCGACACACCAGGAAGAGAAGCUCAAAAUGACGCCUUGUCCACGAAGCGCAAGGCCGAAGAGCUCGAAUCAAGCCAAGAGAAGAAACGCAAGCUAGAGCCAGCUUCUGCCUCAGCCACAACCCCAGUGACGCCAUGCGCUGGGCUUCUCCCAGAAAUAUGGCAGCACAUAUUUCUUUCUUGUUCGCUCGCAGACCUUGGUCGAUUACUAUUAGUCAAUCGAUCGUUUCAUUCAUGUCUUACGGACAUUCGCCAUGUUCCAAAUGUAAAACCAGACUCUGGUUUUCUCCGUCUCCUAAAAUCUGAGUCUAUCUGGGCAGCUGCCCGCAAUGCGCACCCCACCAAGCCUCCAAAGCCGCUUCCUGGCUUUUCCGAGUUGCAGAUGUGGCAACUCGUCUGGGGCAAAAGGUGUCAGUUCUGUACCAGGCAGAACGAAUUUGUUACUGGCGAGAAAAUUUGGCAGAAAGGCCCUGGAUCAACUGGGGUCCGAACAAUCUGGCCAUUUGGUGUCAGAGCCUGUGGGCCAUGCCUAUUACAGCGCUGUCGAACUGACUCGAGCCUUCUUUUUUCCACGGCAUCCGCAUUACGGCCUGCACUCCCUUUUGCCUUCCUCACCACCGACCAAAAUUACGUUCUCGCCUACACACUCCAAGCUGCGACUACUCCCGCAGGCGUUGAUAUUGGAAAAUACUAUUUCAACGUACACGUCGAAGACAUCAUGCGCGAACUGGAGCAAGCACAGAGCCUUGGUUCAGCGGCAACAGAAGAAUGGUCAAAAGGACUAGAUGGAAGAGGCAAAGAGCGAAUGAAGGCAUCCGAAAAUUGGGAGCGCUGGGAGGUCAAAUACCAGUGGUGGUCUGAUCACCACGAGCCCAAACGCCCCGUCUCAAAGGCGCCAUCUCCGGCUGUAAACAUGCCCCAAACACUGCAGUCUCCUUUACUCCAAGCUCAAUCUCCCAUCAUAUACGCCCCAGUUCCGGCUUCUGCUGCUCCCCAAUACAUUCAGCCCAGGCCGCCAACUAUACCACCGGCUGUCUUUACCCCGCAACCCGUCCCAGGCCCUGGCCCAAGUACAGCUUCAUCACGUGCUGAAAGAAACCUGCACGAUGCAAACGAAGCCAAAGCAGCUCGAAGAGUCGACAUUGAACGACGGUGUCAGCAACUCGCCCCUCCUAUCCCUCCAAACAUAUUACGCCAUAUGGACUCAUUCAAGGCGGCCAUUCAGAUCUCGCAGCCAAUGAACGACUAUUCCUGGAAUAUGCUCUAUCCCCGCCUUCUGGCUCAGCUACCUGCUGCCCAACAGGCGGAAUCAGAUCAUGUUUCCCGACUCUCCUCCCUUACGACAAGAGCAGCUGAUCGCCGUCAACAAGACGCCAGCCUCAAGGAAGUCAAGGAAGUUCUAGAUCGGGAGUGGGAAGAAUCGCAGAGACCAAUACGAGAAAAGCUCAGCGUUUUCGCAGAUGAGUUCAUCAACCAGGACUGGGAUCACGGGAGAGCAGUGACUUAUGAGAACAGCCCAAAGUUUGCAGUGGAUCUCCUGGUGUAUGUUCGGCGGAUGUUCUACGCCGAACUCCCCAAGGACCAAGAUACUUCCCCUCAACCCUUAUCAGAUCCUGAUUCCGCAGAGCCCCAGAGGUUGAAAUUGGUCCUAGAAAACAUGAAGUGGGUAUAUGACAACAAGCUCAAACCAAUCACAGAACAGUUCAGGAAAGAGCUCUUCCUAUGCUACGGCAGUGGGUGCGAGGGUAAUACCCGAUUUUACGGCUUUGAAGGAGUCAUCCAACAUUUUGGAGCAAAGCACACUAAUGCCUUUAGCGUUGGCAACGUAGUAGUGGCCUGGAGAGAAGCCGAGUGGCCAGAGGAUACCCCGUUUCAUCCGGACCCGAUUUCUGUGAAGCAUGCCCACCAUCCUGCCUCAAGCUCUGCCGGCCAUGGCUACGGUUCCUACUAUGGUGGGUUUUCACGUGCUGGUACAUCAACUCCUCACAUGGCUCCCCAUCUUCCUCAGGCCAGCCCUGGUCCUUAUAACCAGUACGGCAGUCAUUACAGUGGGCCCUUUGCUCCUCCUCCUAGUGUGGUCUCGGGCUACGACUAUUCUCACUCGUAUGGAGCGCCUAUGGAUUCUUACUCCUCAUACCAAGCCAUGGGCCCACCCGCUUAUGCCCAGCAAGCAAGCAAUGCAGGUUACUUGACUUCCGUUGCCGCCACUGGUUCCGUUAUUGCACCGGCCCAGGCAAACCAACCACAAGGACAAGACCCCAGUGAGCCUUCCAUGCGAGGUGGCGAUGAGGACGCCGAGCAUCGUACCAACCUAUACGACAAACAAGUGAGUACCGUGAUUCAGAUAGUCCAGGACAUUUGGAAACAGACAUCCGGCAUCAAGGAUCUUCCAAACAGUGUUCGGAUAUACGUUUUGUUGCUUGCUGUCAUUUCCAAGUUUCAUGUUGAGUUCAAUCAUGAACCGAAUCUGAAUCACUUCAUUGAUGCACUUUCCAAUCACGAGAUUCCUAAGGCUCUGAAAAAUGCUCCAGGCCUUUCUUGUAAAGCUUGUCUAGAUGAAUUGUCUCACCAGUCAUCUGCUACCUACCCUUCUCGACCGGAAGAGAGAAGGACUUAUACCGUACUAAACCUAUUAUCGCAUUUCAAAUCUCAGCAUCAUGGUCCCCAGACUCCAGGCUAUGGAAGUGCACAACUGCCGGCCCAUCUGGAUUGGAAAGAAGAUAUGAUUGAGCUCCCUAGUGAUCGUUUGAUCUCUGGCCUCAUCCAUGCUCCUGGUAUGGAUGACCAGAAGCUCCACUUAAUUGCCACUGUAUUUCCAAAGCUAUUUCCUAUGCCAUUGCCUAAGAUCGGAAUAUCGGAUAAUAUUGGAGUAGCAUCCCCAGGUCACUCUCUGUCCAAGGAAGCAGCAAGAACCGGUGGUACUCCUGGCACCUCCGUAGACAAGUCCGGUCCUUCGUCUUUGGCCUCGCCAUAUACUGAUUCUCCCCGCCCACCCAAACCAAGCGAAGAUGAGUACGAUCCUCGGCGCCCAGCGCUACCGUCCCAGUCGAACCAAACCCUCCGGAUGGCCAACAAGAAGCUAUCUUAUCAUGGUGAACCUCCCCCAGCCGAUCGUCGGCAUCGGUACUACGCUGAGCCACGAUAUUAUGUAGGUGGCUCACAAGAUUCUAGCGGAAAGGUAUUUAGAGCUAACGAUUUCGCCACUCAGGUCCCCAGGGAUCAUCUGGACGAACAUUAUCCUGGCCCGCGAGAGUAUAUGGAACUUCCUCUUGGUACCCGGAUUAUCCGUGAUGCUGUUACGCCAUAUGAUGACUAUCAUGAUAGGCGAUCCUUGUAUCGGGAGCACGAGGAGUUCUACGGUCCUGAACCGGAGAUAGUCUACGCGCAUCCACGCGAGGGAUUGCGUGCUCAAGAAUAUGGGCCAUAUAUUCAGGAGGUUAGAUACCGAGAUGAGGAGCCUCGUCGACCAGAGUAUCGACUAGUAAGGGAUUUUAACUCAGAACCCAGCCCUUCAAGAGCCAAGGCCGAAGCAGAUCGAUUUCUGGAAGAAUUUGACCGUGAAGAACCAUCCUUGAACAAAGCCCCUGAGCAAGAAGUCCCCCCUCGGACAGAACCAAAGCCACCCUCUAGGGAGAUCGACCCUGACGAUGGGUCUCGUUACACCCCACCACCCCCAAAUGUCCCCUCUGCAGACGAGCAACUAGACCCCGGUCGCGCCCUACCAACGGUACACCACACCGCAUCGUCUACUGUAUCUAAUGGAUCAAGAUAUGAAGAGAACAGACCAAACGGCCGCCAGGUACCAACGCCGGAUUCUGGAGUCCAGAGGAGAAUAGGUCCUCAUGGUCGGAGAGACAGGAUCCCUCAUGAACACAUACCCUCGCGUUAUUACAGAUACAUGAGUGUUGCACGCGAAGAACCAUAUAUUCGUGGAGCUAGUAUGCACCGUUCCCAAAGCCGGAGAUAUGAGAGAUACGAAGAGACGCGUCGCCGUCUCGACCAACAGGAGACACCCCAUCCCAACGCGGACCGAGACUAUGAUCCUGCCUACUCGAGAGAUCAGAGCGUUGACCAAGGACCCCCCGAUGAGCACUAUUACCCUCCUGUUCGCCAUGCGCCCGCGGAGUAUGUCCCCGUCCAGGAACGCCUUCAUCCAUAUUCACCCACCCGGUACCGUUUCGCAGGUCCACCAGAGGAAUCUCGCGGUCCACCUCCAGUUUACGUUGACGAAUACUGCCAACCCGUGCACGAAUAUGGAUAUAUACGCGUGCCUCGUGACCCUCGUUCAGCGCGCGGUUCGUAUCUUUCCCAUCCUCCUUCCCGAUACGUUCCGGAGCAUGAUUUCGACCACAUCCAAUACGUUCCUAUUCCAAAUGACCGCCCUCUGCCACAACGACUGGACGAUCCAUCUAAUUCAUACGUUUAUUACGAGGAGAGGGAGAGGGCGCCGCCACCAACACGUAGACCCGGACCCGCGUUUGAACCGGAUAAUGAGCCGCCAUAUGAGCCUCCGGACAUCAAGGUCGAGACUGCGGUGCCUAUCGAGGGGCCUUGAUACGUGAGAGACAACCUAUAUACGAUGGGUGGUUUUAUGUGGAGUUUAGGGUUUGAUAUGCUCGUAUGGGUUCCCUGCUUUAUCUUCGAAGAUAUUCUGUAUUUGUACCAAUGUGUCACGACUGCAUCAGUCUGGGGUUUGGGGAGAUUUAUUACUAAUACGCAUGGAUGAGUUAGGUGUUGCUAGCAUGCAGCAUCAAGUGCAGGUUUUUCGUUUCCUACUUUCUGAAUUUUCACUUCGACUCAUAUCAUCUUUUCUGCCUCGGGUGCCGUGUUGUCCGUGUGUAAGGAUACACAUAAUAAAUAUGCU